AUGAAGUACCCUCUGGUUCCUUUGGUGACAGAUGCGACCUUUCACAUUCUUUUCUUCUGGUUUUGUUUGCCAUUUGUAAUGCUCUUGAUGGCCAUGAUUGUCUGGCUGCAGCUUCUGCUUAAUGAAG